AUGCCGUUCAAUCAAGGAGAUCCAAAGGAGGCAUUUGUCAAUUCUCAAACCUGAUGGCGUUCUUUCCAAGCUUUGACGGCGUUUCUUAUAUCCAGCCCACUCAGUUUUGAACCAUUCGAUGCUUAGCAAUUUAGCUCAAUCUUGACACUUCUUCAGUUCUGUGCAUCAUUAUUCAUCAGAGUAGCUUAAGAGCCAGGGGAUGCAAACCCACGUGUCCAAACGCUUACCCCGCAGUACUUCAUUGACCUCAACACAAAUCAGUCAACAUCAGCACCAUGGCAACAGCACCGCCCAUCAUUGACUUUGGGGUUUGGAACGAAUCCGAUCCAGAAAAGAAAGCAACUCUCGUUCGGCAGAUUCGAGAAGCUUGCCAGAGACAUGGAUUCUUUCAGCUGGUCAACCAUGGCAUUCCCCUCGGAAUUCAACAGAAUGUUCUCGAGCAGGCCCGAGAUUUUUUCAGUCUCCCGAUUGAGGUGAAAGAGAAAUACAGCAUGGACAUUGGCACACCAAACCUGGGGUACGAACGCCUUCGCGCACAGAACUUCGAAAAACGAGGACCCGGCGAUUUGAAAGAAGGGUUUUAUUUGUGCCGAGAGCUAGCCCCGAACCAUCCCGCCGUGAAGGCUGGGAAGUUCUCGCAAGGUGAGAACAAAUAUCCGGCCGAAAUCAGAGAUCCAACGCGGUUCCGCGCUGUGGUCAAUGACUACCACACCCUCAUGACCUACCUGUCUCGGGAGAUCUUCCGCAUACUAGCAUUGACCUUGGAUCUGAGAGAGGAUUGGUUCGAUGAAUUCUGCCGCGAAUCGGCAACCAUUCUGCGGUUGUUGCGCUACCCGCCGCAGGAAACAGACGAGUCGAGUUUGGAGCGAGGCAUCGGCGCGCAUACGGAUUUCGGCGGCCUCACUAUCCUACUGCAGGACGAUAAAGGCGGACUUCAGGUCUGGGACCGCGAGGCAUCUCAAUGGGCGGAUGUUGUCCCUAUUCCCGGCGCGUUGGUGGUCAACCUGGGGAACAUGAUGAUGCGCUGGACCAACGAUCGAUAUUUAUCCAACCUCCACCGCGUAAUCAACAGAAGUGGCGAGGAGCGAUACAGUGCCCCGUUCUUCUUCUCGGGCAAUCCGGACUUUCUGGUGGAGUGUAUCCCGAGUUGCAAGGGGGGGACGGAGGCGGCCAAAUACCCUCCCAUCACGGUGCAAGAGUGGAUGUUGGCGCGGUAUGCAGACACAUACGGGAAUUCGCAGCAGGCUGCAGCUAUGGCGGAGCUAUCAAGAGAUACAGAGGAUGCAAUCGUUGUUGAUCGGAAUGUAGACUGAGCCUCAUUUUACGGGCAUUGAGAGCAAGCGUGUGAGAGGUGCACGUGGAUCAUGCUGGUUCAGCUUCAACAUGUGAGAGUGGAUCUACCGGCGUCUCGUUUGUGGCCUCAGUAGACAAGCCUGUGAUCGUCUGGUAUUACGACUGGAGCUUUUGGCAGCAACAUGGUGCCGUGAUCUCAUUCUCAAAUACAAUAUAUUUUCACCUCAUGCUGGCCAGGCAGAGCAGCAGCACAAACAACUCACAUGGCUUGUGACAAUACAUGUGAAGCUGAUUCCGAUUUAUCGCAGUCCUGAUAAUCUAAAGCCAUGAGACCAGUUUCGAUUCAAA